AUGCAGCCCCGCCGGCCACCGCCGCCCGCGCCCCGGCCCGGGGGCCCGUGCCCCGCCGCCUGGCCGCUCGCGCUGCUGCUCCUGCUCGCCCUGCAGGGGGCGGCGGCGGCGCCCACGGGUCCCCCGCACGGGCUGCUGCAGCAGGCGGCGCGCGCGGCGCUGCACUUCUUCAACUUCCGCGCCGCCUCGCCCAGCGCCCUGCGAGUGCUGGCCGCCGUGCAGGGAGGCCGCGCGCGGAUUAAUCCAAAAAAGGGAUGUGAAGUUGACCUGGUGUUUAGCACAGAGCGCUACCACCCAGAGGAAGGUGAGGAACAUUUGGGGAAAUGUUCUGCUCAAGUGUUUUUCAAGAAUCAGAAACCCAGACCAGCUGUUAAUGUAACUUGUACACGGUUCCUCGAGAAAAAGAGAAGACUACAAGAGGAUUACCUGCUUUUCAAGCAAAUGAAGCGACUUAAAAACCCCUUGGAUAUAGUCAGCAUACCUGAUAGUCAUGGACAUAUUGAUCCUUCUCUGAGACCCAUCUGGGAUUUGGCUUUUCUCGGCAGCUCUUAUGUGAUGUGGGAAAAGACAAGCCAGUUUUUACACUACUACUUGGCACAGCUCAGCAGUGUGAAGCAGUGGAAAACUGAUGAUGAUGCAAUUGAUUUUGAUUAUACUGUUCUACUUCAUGAAUUCUCAACGCAGGAAAUCAUUCCCUGUCGUAUUCACUUGGUCUGGUACCCUGGCAAACCACUAAAAGUGAAAUACCACUGUCAAGAGCCACCAACACCAGAAGAAGCCUCUGGAACCGAAGAAGGAUCAGCUGUGGCACCAACAGAGCUUAGUAAUUUCUAAAGAGAAAAAAAUAAUCUGUUUAUACCAAAUUCUAGACAAAAUGACUGUGCUAGCCUAAAUCAUUAUUCUAGUAAAAUAGUUAAUGUAUAGGCAUUCUAAUAAUUUGGGAACGCCUGUGAUUACAAUACUCAAAAAUUAAAAGAUGUUAGGGUUUUUGUUUGUUUUGCAAUUGGUCUACGUUAAUUUUAACUCUGGAAGCAUGUGCGUACUGAACUCUGCUUAGUGCUAAACAGUAACCAGCAGGUUCCUUAAAGUUUCAGCCCUAAAAUGUAAAACCCGGUCAGUUACAAUGUGCUGCAACUUGAUCAAUAAGUAUUUA